AUGCCAAUCACACCUCGCCGGUCUACCCGUGGAACGGUGUUCAGUCCUCUCACGCCGUCCUCCACUGAGAAUGGGCUUGCGUCAAGGGAUGAUCUGAUUUUCAAUUGGACUUCUGCGCCCGUCCAACGUCCCAGUACCGAGGCUGGACCUUCGAGUCAACCCAUUGUGUCUGAUGCAGACGAUGAACACGGUCUACGGACGUACUAUACUUCGUUCACGCGGAUCCAAAAACCGACAGGGAAGAAAAAGAAGGAGGAAGUGGUAAAGUUCAGGGUGGGAGAUGGAGUCAUGGUCUCUGUAGAAGGAGGUGAUGGUGUAGCCGUUUUGACAAGAUUAUGGGAAGAACCGAUACCUAAGGAUGAAGGGAGUGAUGACGACGACGACGACGACGAUGACGAUGAAGACGAGGAGGCAGACGAUGAGGAAGGGAGCGGCGAGGGUGAGGGGGAAGGACUUGGAAUGCGAAAGAUGGCAGAGAUACAUUGGUGUUUUCGACGAAAGGAUCUGCCAGGCAUCAUGAAGGAUCUCAAGGUGGAAGAGAACGAGGUCUUCCUCGCUGCUUCCGCGACCCGGGCCGUCACCACACCUAUACCUCUCACCCUCCUGGUCAAAACCGUCCCUAUACAUACGCCCGAAGUCUAUACUAAGAAAUUCGCACCAGAAGAUUCAGUCGUAAAAGGGUGGACGUAUGUCCGUCAAGGCGUUUAUUGGUGUGCCAAGGCGUUCGACAAGGGAGCGAAAGGUGGUCGAGUCUUCAGGAUCGACAUAGAUGCGUGGAAAGAAGCUGGACGGAAUGGUCAAGGAUGGCAAGUGAUGGGAAUCAAGGAUCCCACACCAUCACCCUCUCCACCUCGGCGGGCUCCUUCGGUUACCUCUGACGAUGAUAGCGGAUCUGAAGCACCAGAGGGAGGGGCAUCAGCCUCGGAAGACGAGAGGGACGAAGGGGACGAUACAAAGGGAGGAGACAAGACCAGAGGCGGAAAGAAACGGAAAUCAUCAAGCGGAAGGACAAAGGUUGGUUCCGGGACUACAAAACGGAUCAGAGCACCUGCUGCGUCGAAACGGCGUCUGCCUCAUCCGAAAUCUUCAACGUCUCGAUUACCUGCAUCGGUGCCUUCUGCCGAAGAUCUCCCUGUCAAUCCUUACGAGCGUGCGCUGAGAUUACUCCACGUUGGCGCUACGCCUGAGUCGUUACCAUGCCGCGAGGAGGAGUUUGUAGAUGUCUUGUCAAAGGUGGAAGAAGGGGUUGAAAGCGGAGGAGGCGGAUGCUUGUAUAUCGCUGGUGUACCUGGUACAGGCAAGACGGCGACUGUACAUGCAGUAGUCAAAGAACUCAAGCGAAAGGCUGAGGAUGGCGAGCUCCCGCCUUUCUCUUACGUCGAGAUCAACGGACUCAAGGUCCCUUCACCUCAGCACGCGUACUCGGUCCUGUGGGAAGCUAUCUCAGGAGCCAAGGGGACGAGCCCAAAGACAGCUUUGAGAGGUCUUGAAGCUCAUUUCGGGCGGAAAACAUCAGGCGUCAGAGGUCCAAGGGGUCACACAUUCGUCGUGCUCAUGGAUGAGCUGGAUCAACUGUUGACUGCGAAGCAAGAUGUCGUGUACAACUUCUUCAAUUGGCCAGCGAUGAGGGAUUCUCAAUUAUUCGUCAUGGCGGUUGCCAACCGUAUGGACCUGCCGCAGCAUCUCGCGGCGAAGAUCAAAUCGAGACUGGGAUUACAAACUCUGCUGUUCCAGCCAUAUGACCGAACAUCACUCAUUGAAAUCGUGCAAUCUCGUUUGAUUCCCCAUCCGAGAUCAGAAGAGGAACACAAGGUUCUGCAACCUGACGCCAUUGCUCUCGCAGCGACCAAGAUGGCAGGUACGAAUGGUGACGCCAGGCGGGUGUUGGACGCUUGUCGGCGCGCUGUGGAAGUGGCCAUUGAGCCAAAAGCCGACAAAUCCCCACCUCAUCCAGUUACUGCCAAGGAGAUGAUGUCCGUCCUCAAUCUCAUGUCGUCGUCUCCCGUUGCCAUGUUCAUCAAGCAAUGUAGCGAGCAACAAAAGAUGAUGAUGGCGGCAGUGGUCAGAUGCGUCAGGCGGGAAGGUGUGCCUGAGAUUCCAUGGCGAUCGAUUCGCAGCGAUCACGAUGCUCUCACUCGCUCAUUAAUGGAAAGCAAUGACCUGUUAUCCCCUUCUGAACUAGGUCUCAUCUUUACAUCUCUGGUCGCUUCUCAUGCCCUGACUUGGGCUUUCGACGCGUAUAAGAUUUUGGACGACAGGAAAGUCGCUCUAGGGCUGGAGAUUGGAGAAGUAGGUCGAGUACUGAUGAACGAGGGCGAGGGAUGGAGAAGAGCACUGGCAGGUGUAUGAGAUUUUUGUAGCAUGUCGCAGUCAGCCGCCACGCCACAUUCGCUAUGGCUUCUUGCCGAUCUUAUUAACCCCCCCUCGGGGUUUGACUGCGGAGACCCCAAAUAUUUUUACGUAACUCCACGUGGUUCAUCUUGAUUAGUGCUAGUAAGAUUGGUUCCGGAUAUUCACAUCCCCCGGCCGAAGGGGGGAUGUCUCUCCACCCCCUCCCUGUGCUCAUUCUCUCUCUCAUCCUCCCUUCUUCACUCGCUCAACUCAUUCCUUUCAUCGCGACAUCUCGUCUACUCUACAGCUCACACAUCCACAUUCACUAGCAUCCAAAUCAUACCAAGCUGAUUCUGCGCUCCAUCGCUCGCGUUCACUAGUCUUGACACUGCUCCACUCAGAGGA